AUGGAUGAUCAAGCAUGGUAUUUGAGAACUUCAAAGCUGGCUCUGGCCUUGGCAAUUAUCCGCUCAAAGCCAGCAGACAAAAGCAGCAGAGAAUACACGGAGCAUCUUGCAAGGAUGGUAUCUGGGCAGGAAUCAAAGUGGAGAUCAAAAGUCGAAGCCUUGGAAGCUGAAGUUCUGCAAUUGCGUCAAAAACUUCUUCUGAGCAGGAUUUGUUCAGGAUCAUUUGAGAGUGGAGACCCAUCUUGCCAGUUGCAGGCUCAGGAACCUAGAAGUUCUGAAAAUACUUCAACUCUGCUGGAAGAUUCUGGGUGUGAUUUAUCAAGUGAGCAGAGAUCGGAACCUUCAGAGAAGACCCAGCAUUUUGGGGAGAGCUGUACCCCUACGCCAUUCCUACCACUGUCCAUUGUGAAGGGACCUCGUGAUUCUCUGCAAAAGCCUCUGUCUUCUCACAUGCAGUUCUUGCAACAUCUUCUUGGACUGAAGACCUUGACCAAGUCAGGGAGUCUGAAAACAGACUUAAGCCACUUUGAAAAUGCCUCUUCCACAGUAUCUGAUUCUGUUUUUCAGUUGCUGGAUGGCUUGAUUACUUUUUACCAAGAACUCAAACUUCCUUGCUCAAGCUUUUGGACAGAAGCUGUUGAUACUUUAGCUAGACUGAUCAGUGAUUGUAACUUAUCUAAUCAUAUUCUUAAAAGGUGUUCCAAGAAGUUGGAAGAAUUUGAGAAGACCCUGCUACAGGUUAUUUUAAGGAACAGCCAUAUCAAUCGGUUUCAGGUGCAACAGUAUGUCUCUCAGAGUCUGGUAACCCUGGGAAGUUGCAGCUUGUUGAGAAAAUCUAUAAUAUCUCUGCUUCUCUCAGAAGUAAACAGCUUUGCUGAUGAUCUGGGCACCAUCAAUCAGGUGCAAGCUAGUUACGAUGUGACACUCUAUGAAAAUAUUUUCUCUGUGUUCUGGGUUCUGGAGCAACUUCUUCAAAAGGAAACUGAAGAAGGCAACACUUCAAAAAUAGGGCAUGAAGACCAAGAAAUCAAGAAAUUUCUUCAGAAGCAUGAUGAAACUAUUUUGCAGCUCUCUGAUGCGUUUCCUUUAUUUACUCUUUAUUUAUGGAGACUGGGCAUUCUCUUGAACUCAGUAGAGAUAGGAACUAUUGAAAACUCACUUUCUUAG